AUGGGGCCUGUCAGCUACUCCUCAGAGACCUACGACUUGAGCCAGGUGGAGUUAAGUGGCUACUAUGAAGCUGAGAACACCACCCCUUCUCUGGACGGCUACUUCUGCUUCAACCCAGCCUCAUCUGUGGUUGGCAACCAGAGAGAUCCUUUCAGAAAGAUCUUCAUGCCCCUCGUUUAUCUGCUGAUGUUUGUGUUGGGAACUGUAGGCAACGCCCUGGUCCUGGUCAUACUAGAGAGGUUCAAGCGGUCUCGCACUACCACUGAAAACUUCCUCUUCCACCUCACCCUGGCCAACCUGGCACUGUUGCUUACCUUCCCCUUCAGUGUGGUAGAGAGCUUGGCUGGGUGGGUGUUUGGGACUUUCCUCUGCAAGAUCCUUAGCGCUGUGCACAAGAUCAACUUCUAUUGCAGUAGCAUGCUGCUGGGAUGCAUCGCCGUGGACCGCUAUCUGGCCAUCGUGUACGCAAUCCACACCUACCGGAAACGUAGAGCUCGCUCCAUUCACCUCACCUGCAUGGGCGUCUGGCUCUGCUCCUUGCUCUUGACCUUACCUGAUCUCAUCUUCAUGGAAGUCUGGACAGAUGAGAGCAACCGCAGCAUUUGCUAUUUUCCAGAGGCUGGGAUUCAUGGCAACAACAUAUGGCUAGCGACCCGCUUCCUGUAUCACACAGUGGGCUUCUUUGUGCCCCUGCUUGUCAUGUGUUACUGCUACCUGGCCAUUGUGAGGACUCUGUGCCAGUCCCAGCGCCUGCAGAGGCAAAAGGCUGUCAGAGUAGCCAUUCUGGUGACAGGCGUGUUCCUGCUCUGCUGGAGCCCGUACCACAUCGUCAUCUUUCUGAAUACACUUACCAAGCUGGAAACCUUCAGCAAGGACUGCCUCCUGGAAGACCAGUUAGACACGGCCAUUAUGGUGACAGAGGCCAUUGGCUUCACCCACUGCUGUCUCAACCCCAUCCUCUACGCCUUCAUCGGAGUCAAGUUCCGCAACGACUUCUUCCGGAUCCUGCAGGAGCUCAGCUGCAUAAGCCAGGAGACCCUGCAGGAGAUUCUGGAGGUGACAAGGAAGGGCAGUGGAAUUGAGUCUGAUAAUACCACCUCUAUCUCCACUUUCUAA